CUGUUACCCUUUUCUCAGAACUAGCACGAGUAGUCUGUCUAUUCACAGGCAGGGCGGGGCCACUGACACUUGAGAAACCGAGCAGCCCCGCCCGUACGGAUCGCCGAGACCGACUGCCUGACUCUCUAGGCAUUCACUCCUAGUCAAAUGACGCACAAGCAGUCCGUCUGUCUGUCUGUCUGUCGUAUGCACACCCUCCCCACCCUGAAACCCCUUCUGUGUGACUGUACAGGAUUAAGCAGGGGCCGCUGGGAGACAGCGGGGCAGGGAGGAGGUAAGCUACGGCUACCAAAGGGAGGAGGAUGGCUGCCUCUCAAUGGCUGGGUAGCUGUACACUCGAGAGGCAGCAGAUCCCUCCAGACCGACCGGCCGGCCGUGUCUUGUCUCUGUGUGGCUGGCGAAAAAUGCGGGAACAGAGACAAACACACACGCUCUGGUACGUUGUGUUGUUACCUAAGCACUAGGCAGCCAUACACCCAUCACACACACACACACACACACACCCCACCGCAGGCACCAACAUUACUCAACUAGGCAAAAAGCCUCUCGUCCGUCUGUCUAUCUGUCUCUUUUGCUAACACCCUCACUGCCCCCCGCUCCCCUGCCCCUCUGCCGAUGAGCUGGCCGACGGCUCCGAGGGAUGCAUGACAGCAGCAGGGUGGCCGGGCGGCAUCUCCUCUCGGCCUACUGGUGGUGUUGGCGCCGGUGGUCGGGCUGGUCGGUGGCACUGACCCCCGCCGGCCUUUUUCGCCGCCCCGUCCUCAUCCUCCGACAGCACAAUCACGUCACUGCUGCGCACCACAGGCCGUUGCAGCUGUCGACGGCGGCUGCGAGACCGGGGUGCCGAUGAUGUGGGGGCGGGUGGCCGCUCGUCGUGGUCCUCCUCGUGCUGCGAGUCAGAAUAGUCGAAGCAGCCGUCGUUGCCGUCGUGGGACGGGUGGAAGGGCUCCAUCGCCACUUGGGGGACCAGGUCGCCAGUGGCCCUCUCACUUGUAAGCGUGAAGGGCGGGCGCACUCGCGCGGACAACUGAGUGUGGUCGAAGCGGUGGCUGCUCGGAGCUUCUUCCGGGGCGUGGUCAUCGUCCAUAUCGAGUGACCCACCCGUUGCCCGUCCAUCGCCCUUGUCGGGGCCUCCGUGGCGGCCAGCGUCAUUGACGAGCGGAGGGGCGGAGAGAGAGAGGGGGUGCAGAGGAAGGGGCGGCUCGUGUUGGUCGUCCUCGGCCUCCUCGUGGUGCGGUGGUGGCGUCUCCGUCUUGUCUGCGUGUGCAUCUGCCGGCUGCCCCUCUCCCCUGGCGGCAUCGUCGGUGCCGCCAUCGCCCUCAUGCUCGCCCAGCUGCUGCCGCUCGAUGGCCACCUCGUCGUCGAGGCCAUGUCGGGUGUCGGAUCCGUCAUCGGCAGCCUGGCGGCUGUUUGUGUCCUCAUUCUCGUUCUCAUCCUCAUCCUCACCCUCAUGGUCAUCGUCAUUUGCCGACUCAACCUCGCCCUCGUCCAUGCCACCCGCUGCAGCAGUGUCCUGAUGCUCGGAGGCCCCCAUCUGCGGCCGUCUCGGUCGCCGUGAGCGUGACCAGCUGCUGCGGCGUCGCCUGCCCCGGCCAAUGCCCCUGCCCCUGCCCCUCCCAGAUGUGCCGGCGGCUGUUGCCGGGCGGUGUGCAGGGGGAGGAUUCUCGAUGAGCGGCGAGCCAUCUGGCUGCCGCUUCUUGGUGAUGAAGCGGCCGUCAGGGCCGCGGAUGCGACCCUUCUUGUCCUGCUGCUUGUCAGGCUUGGCCUUGCCGCUGCUGUCUCGGCUGUUUGGACCCUCCUUGUUGGCUGGCGACGACGCCACUGUCAUCUCGGAGGCCUGAUCAGUGUGCGAGUGGGAGUGGGGGUGGCAGUUGGCCUUCUUGUGCUUCUUGCUCGAGUUGCUGUCGGCCACGGCGAGGUUGGUCUCCUCGAGCUUGCGGCGAGACCGGGUCAUCCUCACUGCAUCUGACGCCCAUUCGUCGGCAGCAACAGGGAGGGAGGGCUCCUCGGUGGACUCGGCUGCAGCUGCUGCUGCGUUGGCCUCCUCUCCCUCUCCCUCCCCUCCCUCUCCCCCAUCGGCCAUCAUUCGGCUGAAGAUCUCCUUGGACGUGCGGGCGACGCUCCUGCCGCCCUCGCCGAGCUGGGUGCCGGCACCGAACCCCUCUAUGGCGCUCUCUAUCACUCCCAGAAACGAGGGUGACACAUCUCGGUCCCGGCCGCCAUGGGCACGAUUGCCACUACAACCACCCUCACCAUACUGUGGGUAGUGGCCCUGGAUAGGUGGGACCACCUCGGCGGCCGAUGCCGCCCGCCGCCUUCUGCCCCCUUUGCCGCCCCGGCCCCUCCCCCUGGCUGACCGGCCCCUGCCCGCCGACGCACCGGACUUGGGGCGUUUGGAGGGCGGCCGGCUGGCUUUCCUCAAGGGCUGCGUGUCGAUGGCAUCGUCAGGGUGGGGGCUCUCUGCCGCCUCCAGUGCCUGGGAGUUGUUGUGCCGCCGUGUGCGUGAGGAUGCGAGGGUGGGGACGCUGGCUGGCGACAUGUCCACAUCGGCGUCGUGGGACAGCGGCGGGAUGGCCUCGGACUCCUCCUCCUCCUCACCACCACCACCCGGCUCCUUGUGCUCGUGCCGGGCCUUCCAUCGGUCGGCCCGCUGCUCGCACUUCUCAAAAUACUGCAUGGCCGCGGCGCGGGCCACCUGGCGGCCCCCCCAAUCGUGGCUGCGGAAGUGGCGCGUCGCCAUGCGGAACUCCGGCGGGUCGUGGCACACCAGCCGCUUGCCCGUGGCCUGCCGCUUGGUCGGCCGCGUCACGCAGUACGCCUCGCUCACACAGUCCCAUGAUAUCGUCACCUCGGGCGACAGCUGACGGUCCAUUGCCGCUGCUGCUGCCGAUGAGUUGCUCCUUUUGCGCCUGGCGCGGAGGCCCAGCUGUCUGAGCACCGCUGGUGGGUGUGAGCAGAGAGUCGGGACUCGCCAGGGAGAGCCGCCACCUCUUCGUGGGUCGGCACACGGGGCCGGGGGCGGUGCCGAGUCGUGUGUGCUGGUGGGGUUAAUUCGGGAGGGGAGGGCGUAGGUCCAGCUGUGCUUGUAGUGGACCGACUGAGGGCAGAGAAGGCGGAGAAAUGACGAGCCAUGUGUGCAUGUGUCUGUGUGGGAGAGCAUGGGCUGCUCUGCUCACCGUGAGGUUGAGUCGCUUCUCUUGCCCUCCAUUAAGGUAUCUUACUUUGAUCUGCACGCACACAGCAACCACACAGACGCUUCGAUGGUGUCUUGUCAUGUGUCUGUAAGGUGUCUGUGUGUGCAGACCUCUGUGGGUUUGUGCUGCCUGGCAGCGUAUCUCCAGACCUCCAGCACUACCGCAUCGUCAUAGCCCUUGUUAGAAUCCGACCACACGCACACCACCGAACCUGGACCACGCACACACAUUGUCGCCAUCCAUCCAUCCAUCCAUCUAUCUCUUGUCGUCAUGUACCUGGCUGCAGCGUGUUAGCGGCGGUGGCGGUGGUGGUGCUUUGCUCGAAGCCCUCUGGGCGAAGGCGGAACAUCCCACUAGAGGGGGAGAGGCAGGCGCGCUCACACGCAUCUGCAAUAACAACCACCACACCACACACUACAGCGGCUUCAUGGCUGAUUCUCAUCCCUCCCUCUCUCUCUGCGAGCCUUGGUUGCUGACCUUCGUCGUCGCCGAUGAAUCGUUCUGUCGAGCAGAUGACCUCCUUGGAGCCGACGGGAGAGCCCUUGCGCGACUUGCUGCCACCCGACGUGGCCGGGGUGUCCACACAGAUCUGACAACCACAACAUCACACACACACGGAAAGGACGGACGUCUUCAUCUGGGUGUGGGUGUUGUUGGGGAUCUCACUCUGACGGCGUCGGUGGCUGCAGCAGCAAUGGUGCCGUCGCGCCACUUGACCUGGCCGCCACAAAAACCGCUGAUCGAAACACAUACAGAUGAUGAUCGUGAGAAUGUCCGUUGUUUGUAUGUGCCCCUCUUCGCGGCUCACCAUGCGACCUGCACGAGCUGUCCGGGCACAAGUAGAGCCCUGCUGGCACCCGCCCUCCUCUCCCAGCCACACCCCUCCCUCCCCCCACCAGCAGCCGCCGACCGGUCCGGCGGGUCUCGCUGCUGCUCUGCCGUACUACCGCCACUGGCAUGCUGCUGCUGCUGCCUUUGGUCGUCUCGCUGUUGGGUGUGGGUGUGUUCGUGUCUGAUGAGCUUGAUGGGCCUGUACUGCUGCUGCAUGGCGAUGUCCAUGAAGGGCAGAGGGAGGGGGGGAGGGGGCAUCGACAUGGACGAAGGAGAGGCUACCACUGCGCCAGACUGCUGAUGACGGCAAGAAGACCCCUGCACACAACAGAACCAACCACCCACCCACAGACACACGCAUGAGCGAGUCAAGCGGUGUUGCCCUUUGGUGUGUAGUCGCCCACUUUGUGUGCCGGCGUGUCGUCGCCGGGCAGAGGGAUCACGUCGCCAUGGCUGAACGACACUGAAGGAGAGCGGUGGCCGCCAGCCAGAGAGUCGGGCGUCCACCCGCCAGAACUCGCCGCAGCCAUGAUAGACGCAGCGAACGGCUCGAUGGUCAUCUGAAAGAGACACACGCCAGCAACCAACCAAUCAACGCACCCGAGUCGCACCUCGCCAGCUGACCUCUGUGCCGUGGUGUCCUGCUAUGGGCAGCAUGGGUCCUGCCGCCAAUGGCAUCAUCUUCUUGACUACUGCCGCUGCCGCUGUGCCGUCGGUGGUCAUCCCGGGGGGGAAUGCAUAUGCAUGCUGCUCAGCGACGGACGUCGGCAACAACCUCACGCCGCCUCACGCGCGACAUGCAAGUUUCGUCGCGGUCAUGACAGGC